AUGGCGUCUAUCUUCAGACCAUCAGUUUCACUUGAUCUACGACCAAAGGUGACAUGCACGAAUCUCUCUACGAAAGAGCGGUUUGAGUUUCAGAAGAAGAGUCUUAGAAAAGAAAGGCUCAAUCUUAGGUUAUGUGGCUUCAAGGCUAAUAAAGCCCAACAAGGAUCAGUUGAAGGGGUUAGUGUGAUAGAAGAGAAAGAGCUUAACAACAUAACCGAUUAUGGAGUUGUUGGGGUUCAUCAUGUUGGUCUGCUCUGCGAAAACCUAGAACGGUCACUCGAGUUUUACCAGAACAUUCUAGGCCUUGAGAUCAACGAGGCAAGGCCACACGAUAAGCUUCCGUAUAGAGGAGCAUGGUUAUGGGUAGGUUCAGAGAUGAUUCAUUUGAUGGAGCUUCCAAAUCCAGAUCCAUUAACCGGUAGACCUGAGCACGGAGGCCGGGAUCGACACGCCUGUAUUGCAAUCCGUAAUGUUUCAAACCUGAAAGAGGUGUUGGAUCAAGCUGGGAUUGAGUAUACGAUGAGUAGGUCAGGGAGGCCAGCGAUAUUCACUCGUGAUCCAGACGCAAACGCUCUUGAGUUUACUCAAGUUUGA